UGGUCAGAGCAGAGAGAAACAGAUCCAAGAGCGGGCAGGAGGUGGAUGGCACAGAACAACCGCAGUGCAGACACCACGGCCUGAGGCCCCGAAUGCAGUUCAGCAGCACCCGCUGCGGUGAUAUGUGCGGGGCCCUUAAGGGGCUCUUUGAGAAACCCCGGUGGGACUGGCCGAAUGCCUGGAACUGCAUGUGUUACGUGAAAACAAGUCUGGAGCGAGCAGGCGAAUCUGUCCCCUGAUGUCUGGGAAAGGGAGUGACCCCGGUAAUCCAGGAGUGUGGGACAGUCAAGGCAAGUAGAGAGGCUCCUUUGUAAUGUCCUUCUGUUCCACCCUGUGCUCUCCCCUCGGGGCCCCUCCCCCACUCCACUCCAAAGGCCAAAGACAGGUGGUUCCAGAAGUUUCCUGACCAGCCUGGUGACAACCCACCCCCCCUGUUCUACACAUGUCCCUUCUGGGGGAUAGAGUCAUCAAUACAGUGGAGUUCCUGUUUUCCCCUGAAUUUCCUGCUUACAAAGAGCAGCUGGGAGGGCCCAGGGCAGUUCUGGAAGGACCACACCCUCAGGCGGAGGUACAAAGGGAGAGGCUGACUCUGGCCACCACUGCCCCAUCUGCCGUCACUAUGAAACCCAGCAGCCUCAUCACCUUCACGGUGCUCCUUGCCCUUGAAAUCCUCACACCCUGGACUGCAGAAGGUACUAGCACAGAGAAAGUUAAGAGUGGAGCCUGCCCCUUCAGACCUCAUGGCCUAUGCCUUGUGUACGAGCCCCACGAAUGCCUGAAUGACUGGGAGUGUCCAAAGGAUCAGAAAUGCUGUCCCAGCAUUUGCAGCAACAAAUGCCUGGAUCCUGUAGACCCAUCGGAGCAAGUUAAGGUCAAUCCUGGGAGGUGUCCACUGGUCAUUGGCGAGUGUAAGGAGCCCAACCCCCUAGACACCUGCCUGAAUGACGGUGACUGCCUGACCGGUCUGAAGUGCUGCAAGGGGCCAUGUGGGAAUUCAUGUGUUGAGCCACUGAAAGAUACGUUCUCACCACUUCAACAAGAUUAGGACUUCCUGGUAUGUGUGGUUGGAGGAUUCCUUUCCUCCCCAAACCAGAGAAAGAGGAAAGUGCCUUGAUGAAUGUGUGGCUUUGGGACCAACACCUCCAGGGGCCUAAGGUCGGGCUUGGUUUAUCUGCAUGUGCCCAGCAGCCAACGUGAGGCUUGGCACACAAGAGGGAAAUGUCUACUGGUUCUUGAAAAAAUAAAUACACCG